UGUCCUUCAAUUCCAAGGAGUCGGUGUAGAUGUAUCGGAGCAGAUGCUUGAAGGCGGUCGACGAUACAUCAAGCGUUAUUUCGCUCUGCUUACUCUCCUCCAGACCACCGUACAGAAGCGCCCGGAAGUACUCACAGCCUUACUGCUAGGAUUGUGCGGUGCGCUGAAAUGCGCUCCUUUUCUACGACGAAUGUUACAUCGGAAUAAUCAUCCGAUAUGCAUAAUUCUCCCAGGCUCACUAAAACCUGAUCCGAAUGAUCGAUCAUACUGGCGCUAACCAUUCUGAAGUACGCGGUAGAAUGAACUUGAUAUCUGGAAUGUUAUGGAAUAAGAGGAUGAAAGACUCGACACCAUUUGGUGAUCACUGGCUUUUUGUGCUCACAAAGGAAUUACGAAGUUAUGGCUGAGCACGCACUACCACGAAAUCUGUUUCAUUCGAAGCGGGAAACAAUGAUUGCCAAAUUGACGGCUCGAGACGAUGACACUUUCACAUAUUCAUAUUCACUCAAGACGGUACACCCAAAGAACAAGAAGCUCAUCCACAUCGAGCUAUCUCACUGCCGGGUGAAGACUUGGCCGCAAACGCUAAAGUGAAAUGGACAACGAAUGGAGAACGUAAUCAAGCUUGUUUUGAACUUGGGAAACGAUACUUUAUUAACUAUAUUCAUCUUAAUCUGAAUAAUCCAAUAACCCCAUAUCAUCCCUGCUCCAAAACCGAAAGUUUGUCGGUGUCAUCCGAUGGCAAAACAUGGUCAACCGUUUCAACAGGAACAAACAAUUACUCUUAUUUUACUUCCCAUCCAAGUGCUAGUUUCCUUAAGGAACAGGUUCGCUACAUUCGUUACGAGUCACCAUUUUAUAAUUCCAGCCGUAACAUUUCUUUGUCGGCCAUAUUAAAGCCAUUUUGACCAUUUUAAUAUAAUCCCAUUUUAACUAGAUUGAUCCCAAGACUAGAUGAUCCCAUUUUGAAUUAUAAAAUGGCUAUAUUCGUUGAAAUCUUUGAUCUGUUUUCUGUUCAUUUGAAUUUAUAAAAAAUAAACUUGGAAUAUUUCAAUCGUUAUUACCUUUUUUACGCUUAAUUUGCGUUCGUUAAUGUUGUUGUUUUAGUCAUGGGAUUGAGCAAUAUUGUACAGUAUCAUAAUCAAUUUUACUAUCAACUUUACUGUGAGAACAGCCACCAAGGUGAAGGUUCAUCAAACUUAAAAUAUAGAUAUAAUAAAAGUAAACUACUCCAUGUAAGUAUUUCCAUAUUACUGUUCCGUUCUAAUCACAUGCUUAUUAACACCUCUUAAUGUUAUCCAGACAGCUCUAAUUCGCUUUCAUCCAUCUUUCGAGCGCGAACAACUUUCUAACAUCUUUAUUGAGUUUGUGCGUUAUAAUAACCGCGUUAGAUAAUCGACGUUUCAUUUCCUCGGUUAUUUGAUCAUAAACUUGAGCCAUUUAAUGCACUUGAACCGGCCGUUCAGGAUAAUCUUUUCGCUGCCAUAACACUAGUGUAACUACUCGAGAUGGAUAAAAGAAAAACGACUGGUUCGUUGUAUAAAAGCGCAACCGUUUCCAGAUAGAGCAUCAAUCACACAUCGGAAGCUCUACCAGCAGGAAUAGUUAUUUCGUCAUUUUUGAAUUCUCAUCAACUAGCAUCAUGCUACGUAAGGUCUUUGCUGUUGUCUCGGUACUCCUGGUAGUAAGUGCAGCCAAGGUGACAAAACUGGUGCUGGACGACAACUACGUCAACCGAGUGGUUGGAGGAGAGGUAGCGAAGAACGGUUCGGCCCCGUACCAGGUAUCGCUGCAGGUUCCCGGCUGGGGUCACAACUGUGGAGGAUCGCUGCUAAACAAUCGAUGGGUACUGACGGCAGCACACUGUCUGGUCGGCUAUGAGCCCAGUGAUUUGAUGGUACUCGUCGGCACAAACAGUCUCAAGGAGGGAGGCGAACUUCUGAAGGUUGACAAGCUACUGUACCACAGCCGUUACAAUCGUCCCCAGUUCCAUAAUGACAUCGGUUUGAUGCGGCUGGAGCAACCGGUACAGUUCUCGGAGCUUGUGCAGAGUGUGGAGUACCUGGAGAAGGCGGUCCCGGUCAAUGCGACGGUGCGACUGACGGGCUGGGGUCGUACCAGCACUAAUGGGAAUGUUCCCACGCUACUCCAGAGCCUGAACGUUGUAACGCUGUCGAACGAAGACUGUAAGGCUAAGAUGGGCAAUCCGAAGAAUGUCGACCUGGGACACGUUUGCACACUGACCAAGGCUGGCGAGGGAGCGUGCAAUGGUGAUUCCGGCGGCCCACUGGUGUACGAAGGAAAGCUGGUCGGUGUGGUGAACUUUGGCGUUCCGUGCGGUCGCGGAUUCCCGGAUGGGUUCGCACGUGUCUCCUACUACCAUGAGUGGGUUCGCACAACGAUGGCUAACAACUCGCCGUUCGCCGACGGUGUACCAAACAGAACCAAUUCUCGCAAUAGCACCAUGCUACGAAAGGUCUUUGCUGUUGUCUCGGUACUCCUAGUAGUAAAUGCAGCAAAGGUGCCAAAACUGGUGCUGGAUGACAACUACGUCAACCGAGUAGUUGGAGGAGAGGUAGCGAAGAACGGUUCGGCCCCUUACCAGGUAUCGCUGCAGGUACCCGGCUGGGGUCACAACUGUGGAGGAUCACUGCUAAACGAUCGAUGGGUACUAACGGCAGCACACUGUCUGGUCGGACAUGCUCCCGGUGAUUUGAUGGUACUCGUCGGCACAAACAGUCUCAAGGAGGGAGGCGAACUUUUGAAGGUUGACAAGCUGCUGUACCAUAGCCGUUACAAUCGUCCCCAGUUCCAUAAUGACAUCGGAUUGGUGCGACUAGAGCAACCGGUACAGUUCUCGGAGCUUGUGCAGAGUGUGGAGUACUCGGAAAAGGUAGUUCCGGCCAAUGCGACGGUGCGAUUGACGGGCUGGGGUCGUACUAGUGCAAACGGACCAUCACCAACGCUACUGCAGAGCCUGAACGUUGUAACGCUGUCCAACGAGGAUUGCAAUAAGAAGGGAGGCGAUCCAGGCUAUACGGAUGUUGGACAUCUUUGUACGCUGACUAAAACAGGCGAAGGAGCGUGCAAUGGUGACUCUGGUGGCCCACUGGUGUACGAGGGAAAGCUGGUCGGAGUGGUGAACUUUGGCGUUCCCUGUGCUUUAGGAUAUCCGGACGGUUUUGCCCGUGUCUCGUACUAUCAUGAUUGGGUUCGCACAACGAUGACUAACAAUUCAAAGUGAUCUAUUGCAGUGUAGUUGAGAUAAGCAAAUGAAUGCGAAAUAAUAAAAUAUAAAUUUAUGGAAAAUUU